AACGCGCAUGCGUCUCAGCAGCGGAACACCGUGCAUGCACCACCGAGGAUCCGGUAAUUAAAACAAGGAAGAUGCGGAAAAGUGUGAAGAGAUAAGCUGGGAGCUACCGGAGUCGCAGUGAGCGGGUGAUGUGACAGCAGCAGGCAGCGGACAUUGCUGCUGUCAGAGCCUUAAACUGCUGCUGAGCCGGCUGAGACUCCAGAAAGGCUGCACAAACUCCUGGAGCUGUCCAAGGUAGGAGCCCGUUGUCCUUCAGCGGUGGAGCCGCUGGUCUCCACCGUGGAGGAAGUGCAGCAGUGUGUCACACAGUGUGAAGCAGUGUUAUAAAGCAAGGCCAGCUUCACAAUAACAAGCAGACUAAACAAAAGGAAAUGGACCUUUCAUUUCUGCCUGCAUUUCUGCCACUGGAGCCUUAACAAGGUGAUGAACUAUUCCUCUACAACUACAGUAAACUGACUUUUAUCUGUGGGGGUCCCUCUGCACUGUCUCUGGCCUCUGGUCGAGGCAGACGACCACCCACCUAGAGCCGAAGGAUCUGUCUGAGGUUUCUGCCUCUUAAAAAGAAGUUUUUCCUUGCCGCCGUCGCCAAGUGCUUGCUCAUGUUCAUGCUGAUAAGAAGAGCGAGUUGACAUGACUCCACAACGACUCAGUAGAAAAGAGCGAAGGAAAUUGUACACCUCACUGGCAGGCGAGCUGGUGAUCAUGGCCGGGACCGUCAUGCUGGCCUACUACUUCGAGUACACCGACACCUUCAGCGUGCACGUGCAGGGCUUUUUCUGCUACGACACCACGUACACCAAGCCCUACCUGGGACCGGAGGACAGCAGCGCCGUCCCGCCCGUCCUGCUGUACGCCGUGGUGGCCGGGCUGCCCACGCUGCUGAUCACAAUAACGGAGACUGUGCUGUUCCUGGUUCAGUACACAUCCAAAGAGUUCGACCGGUCAGAGAAGACGGUGGCCACCGGGGAUUGCUGUUACCUCAACCCACUGGUGCGCAGGACCUUCCGCUUCCUCGGAGUCUACACCUUUGGCCUCUUCACCGUGGACAUCUUUGUCAAUGCAGGCCAGGUUGUGACAGGGAACCUGGCACCCUACUUCCUGACGGUCUGUAAGCCAAACUACACAGCGCUGGGUUGCCAGCAGGCCCUGCGCUACAUCAGCCACCAAGAGGCCUGCACAGGGAACCAGGAUGAUAUCAUGCGUGCCCGCAAGACAUUCCCAUCCAAGGAAGCAGCACUCAGUGUCUAUGCUGCACUCUACCUGGCUAUGUAUGUGACAUGCACGGUGCAGGCGAAGGGCACCCGUCUGGCCAAGCCGGUGCUGUCUCUCGGGCUCAUGUGUCUGGCAUUCCUCACCGGUCUGAACCGCGUGGCCGAAUACCGCAACCACUGGUCGGACGUCAUUGCCGGCUUCAUCAUCGGCACGGCUAUCGCCACUUUCCUGGUGGUGUGUGUGGUCCACAACUUCAAAGGCAAGUUGCUGCUGAGCGAGGAGUCACCAGUGGAUCAGCGGCCCAACACAGCCAUGCUUAACAUGGGCCGAAUGGAGAGUCCUCUGGAGAAGUAUAUCGCGUCACAGAAUCACAUCGCCUUCGCUGAGGUCACAUGACGUGGAGUCGGCCGUGUGGCAGACCCAUUGGACAUCCACGCUCUUCACCGUCCAAUCCAAUUAACCGGAGCGCAGCGCUAAACCCAUUCUCUGUGUGUGUCUGGUCUGCGGUAUGUUGUUCUAUGUUGUCUUUAUUGGGCCCUUGUUGUUAUUUGCAGCUUCUUGUAUUCAAGGAAAAAAAAAAGAAGAGUCAGUAACUCAGCGGGAACAGGUUGCUUCUGCUUUCUCCAUCUAUGCACUUAUUCACAAUCUUUGUUAGACUCUGACCUCCCAAAUGAAGCUUGUUGUGUGGGAAACCACGGAGCGGACUUGUUACACACUGUGUGGGACACUAGAAGAACAAGUGAAGACCUGAGGUGCACCAUCUCAACUCUCCCGAGGUCAAAUAUUGUCUCAUGGUUUGGUUAGGUUGUGUGUGGAACAGCACUGAUCCAAUAAGAUGGCUGUAAGGAGAACCAGUCAGAAAGUUGAGUGAGAGUGUCCAAACAGGGAGAAAGAUUAAAAAUCCUCUCUUUAUGAUUUUUCUUUUUGCUGUUAUCACAUCCAGAAGACUGCUGUGGAUAUCAGAAUGUGACACUGACUACUGGGUCCAUAUUUAUCAAACUAUUUAAGGUGAAAUUUUGGACAAAAACCCCUUUUGGCUUAAAAUGCAGCUAAUGUAGCUCCAGAGGGCUCUUAAGUUGCUUAAGAGUACAAUAUUAGGGGAGCGACUAGGAGAAUACUGUUCAAUAUAUCAUGAACAAUGACUGAAGCAACAAUAUACAGUUGUGCUCAUAAGUUUACAUACCCUGGCAGAAUUUGUGAUUUCUUGGCCAUUUUUCAGAGAAUAUGAAUUAUAACACAAAAACUUUUCUUUCACUCAUUGUUAGUGGUUGGGUGAAGCCAUUUAUUAUCAAACAACUGUGUUUACUCUUUUUAAAUCAUAAUGACAACAGAAACUACCCAAAUGACCCUGAUCAAAAGUUUACAUACCCCAGUUCUUAAUACCGUGUAUUGCCCCUUUAACAUCAAUGACAGCUUGAUGUCUUUUGUGGAUGAGGCACUUUUUUUUCUCAGAUGAUGAAGCUGCCCAUUCUUCUCGGCAAAAGCCUCCAGUUACUGUAAAUUCUUGGGCUGUCUUGCAUGAACUGCACGUUUGAGCUCUCCCCAGAGUGGCUCAAUGAUAUUGAGGUCAGGAGACUGAUAUGGCCACUCAGUCACCUUCCCUUUAUUCUGCUGUAGCCAAUGACAGGUCGGCUUGGUCUUGUGUUUUAGAUCGUUGUCAUGUUGGAACGUCCAAGUACGUCCCAUGCGCAGCUUCCGGGCUUAUGAGUGCAAAUUUUCCUCCAGUAUUUUCUGAUAACAUGCUGCAUCUUGCCAUCAAUUUUGACCAAGUUUCCUGUGCCUUUGUAGCUCACACAUCCCCAAAACAUUGGCGAUCCACCUCCGUGUUUCACAGUAGGAAUGGUGUACCUUUCAUCAUAGGCCUUGUUGACUCAUCUCCAAAUGUAACGUUUAUGGUUGUGGCCAAAAAGUUCCAUUUUGGUCCCCAGAAGUUUUGAGGCUUGUCUCGGUGCUGUUUGGCGUAUUGUAAGCGGGAUGCUUUGUGGCAUUUGCGUAGUGAUGGCUUUCUUCUGGCGACUCAACCAUGCAGCCCAUUUUUCUUCAAGUGCCUCCUUAUUGUGCAUCUUGAAACAGCCACACCACUUUACAGGAGAGUCCUGUAGUUCAGCUGAAGUUAAUUGUGGGUUUUUCUUUGCAUCCCGAACAAUUUUCCUGGCAGUUGUGGCUGAAAUUUUUGUUGGUCUACCUGACUGUGGUUUGGUUUCAACAGAAUCCCUCAUUUUCCACUUCUUAAUUAGAAUCCAGUGCAGCACUGGAUGAAAGAUGCAAGGGUCUGUCAGGAGCUCAGAAACUCACUGACCUUUUAUACACAAACACUGAUUACAAGCAAACAGAUCACAGGUGAGGAUGGAAAAUCUCCAGGGUAUGUAAACUUUUGAUCAGGGUCAUUUGGGUAGUUUCUGUUGUCAUUAUGAUUUAAAAAGAGUAAACACAGUUGUUUGAUAAUAAAUGGCUUCACCCAACCACUAACCAUGAGUGAAAGAAAAGUUUUUCUCUUAUAAUUCAUAUUCUCUGAAAAAUGGCCAAAAAAUCACAAAUUCUGCCAGCGUAUGUAAACUUAUGAGCACAACUGCAGUUCAGCAUUAGGUAGCCGCUGCUGAAGAAACAAAAAGACAGACCAUCCAAAAUACAGGAGGUUAUCAUAUUAGCUUAGCAUAUUCAUUUUAUAUGAACCUACUACCACUAUACACAGUAUAAAGAGAGAGAGAACAUGUACAAAAUGGCCAGAUACUUAAAUAAAUGAUUAAAGAGCUGUACAGAAAUGUGCGUAUAGUGUGACAUUGACAUUUGCAAUGUGCAAGAUAAAAACAACAGAAGUAAAUGGUAAUGGACUGUACUUACAGACAUUAUUGUGAUGCAUAUAUACAGGGUGGGUUUAAGCGUCAGUGUCAGUGGGGGUCUCAGGCCUUGUUAAUGAGAUCAGCUGCAGACAGAAAGAACUGUGGCGUGAGGUUUUGGUCCUGAUACCUGACCACAGCCUCCUGCUAUAUAGAGCCACGUCAUUACGUGGCUGUAUAUCAAUAUUACCUAUUGUCACGAAGGUUACACUAGCUGUUUCAUGUCACAUUUGUAACAUCUGUGUUAUGUAUCUGUGUAGCUAAUAAGUACAUAGCUUUUUGCACACAAAGUGCCCCAAGUCCCUGAAAUAAGUCAUUCUUUGUUCUGAACCAGCACAGGAAUCCGUUUCCUGGCCAAGACCCGGUUUGAGACUGGUUUGAGAUCAAGCACUGGCUCUGAACGAGCCCUCAAACAUGCCUUGGUGGAGCUAGCUGCUAGUUCCCAACUAGUUAGCUCAGCAGUUAGAGUAGUUCACCAGCUAGCCCAAGGUAGUUAGCCACCACCUAUUUCAAAGGGUCCGCUGGUGUAUUUUGUUGUGCCACUUCCUGUACUGCACGGACUCUAAGGCUGGAAUUGAUUUUGUUUGCAGUCUCCAUACAUUUUUUCUCUUCAUUUAUCUGUUUUUUCUAGAUUCCCCUCUUUAUGUUUUCUCAGUGCAUACCAGGAGCAGAGUUUCCUCCCUUGUUUUUCAUUUAUCUCCAUUUAAAGCAAUUCCCUAUAAUUUCAGUCCUAUUUAUUAGUUGGAGGAUGCUUGUCAGGGCUAUCUAUGCUGUAUGUGAGUAAACAUGCACAGGGGUUGUUCAUAUUAGAUGUUAUGGCUGUUUAUUUAAUUAUAUAUACUUAAAUCUUACUUAAUCUGCCUACUGACAGCAGUGAGGAGACAGUGGUGCAACCUGACACUAAGGUCUGCACCAAGUGUGGCUGACUCCUCUGUCCUCUGAAUUCUGUCUUUGAAAAAUCACAAUUCCAGCCUUAGUCCCUUUGUGUUUUAGAACAGGCACAGGUCUAUCCAUGCAAGAAUAAAACUUUACAAAUGCUUGCUUUAAAAAGUGUGUCCCUGAACCUUUUGGGAGUGCAAUACUUUAUCAAUUAAGGACUCCUUAAAGCUGCAGUAGGUAACUUUUAUAAAAAAUAACUUUUUUUGUCAUUAUUGCUGUGAAAAAAUCAGGUUCCUCUGGCUCCUCCUAGUGCUCCUAAUGGCAUUUCUGAGAAUCCACAGGGCUUGAACUAAAACAACCAUUCAGAGCCAAGAAAGAUAGUGGAUUGUUGAGUCCCAGAAGAACCUGAUUUUUCACAGAGUAUCUAUCUCAUGUACUACUGUUAGGAUAUAGUGAAAGGUUCAGCAAAUAUGACAAAAAUUAUAUUUUUAUAAAAAUGACCUACUGCAGCUUCUAAGUAUAAUUCUUGAAAUUUUGAUAAAUAUGAGCUCAGGUCAAAGUAGCAAUUAGGAAAACUGCAAAGCUUCACGUCUUUGUGUUCAUGUGUCACUGAGACAUCUCUACAAGGGUUUAGGGUAUAUGUACAGGAGUGUAUAGGUGUGUGUGUGUGUGUGUGUGUGUGUGUGUGUGUGUGUGUGUGUGUAAAGUAUACAUUUAACUCAACCAAUGAAACACUGUAUGCUCUGGAUUCUAACAAAAGCCGCACCAGACAAUCACCACCUCCCUCUUUCUUUCCUUUGUAUCUUCUCUUUUUCUUGUAGUUAAAAAUAGGUAUGGGGUGUAUGGUGCAGGUAUAAUAAUCCAACACUGUACAUGAGGUACGGACGUGGUGGAAAGAGCACACAGUCUCUGCAACCCACUGUCAAAAGAAUGCAAUUUGCUUUCCUUUUUUCAUAUGAAAGCUAAGAAAAUACAAAGGUCAGUCUGACUCACAGGCCAAAACUGAGAUUUUUGCUGUAUGCGUUUAUAGUCAGAUAUAAUUAGUUCUUCUUGUGUCCCAUCUGAUGUUUUCUGCUGUGUCAAAUCAGGUUAGAGUGAUGUAAGAGAAUCCACAGUUGAGAUUUUUCCUCCUCUUUUCUCAGAGAAAGUAUUUAUUCAUGGCCUGUGUCUUCAGUAUCAAAGAGACACAGAGACAUGCAGGGCUGCCUUCACACUGGGGGGCAAGGCAGUCUCUGUGGUUCCAUCUCACAGCCAAUCAGGACAUGGACGCCUUUGAUCAUCACUGGCGAGGUUACACGUUUUGUUGUUGAAAUGUUUUGUUUUGUUCUAUUUCUAUCAUGUAGCUCAGUGUAACAUUAAACAUGAAAGAAUAAUUUUAUUUGAAUCUGGUUGGCUUUUUAGUUCCAUUUCGAUUACUGUCCCUCAUAAAGGAUAUAAUGCAUUUCUUUUAACAUAUAAAUGUUAUUCAUAUUCCUAUUUUAUUAGUUGUCUAUUAGAAAGCCUGAACUUAUCACAAUCCAGAGAGACUUUUUCAACUCCACACAAAACACUAUGUUGGUCAUUAAUAGUCACAUUUAUGAAGCAAUCAAUCAAUCUAUUCCUUCACAUUAACAGAAUGUCAUGUGUUGCAAGUGCGAUAAAACAUAUUAGAAAAAAAUAUAUAAAGAAAUAUAACUGCCACGCCAAAUAUACUAUAACUAUAACCAUGACUAUAAAUGUAUCUUUUUAAAAAUCUUUCUAAAUUGUUCAUUGGCGAACAAUAUGGUUGGGAUCUUUUUCAGAGUGAUUUGAUGAACAAUAUUGUGGUAUGCAACUUAUUAAAUGCCUAUAUAACGAAAUACUAGGCUGCAAAUCACACGUAAAAAAACGCCAUUUUAACUGAGACAUACUACCAAACACUCUUUAGCGCUGAUGGGAUCCCUGAAGACCUUAAUUAUGUCCUCUUUUUUUAAUCAAGCUAUGAAUAAAAUUUGUCUUGUCUCUUAUGUUAAAUUCUCCUAAUUUUUCUCUUCUUGGAAACUGUUUUUCUUUUUGUUUUUUGCGCAACAUACUGAAGUAAUCAGUAUCAUAACUUAAUCCUUUUUCCCAUUAGUCACAUCAUUUUUAUAGUUAUUGUUCUUGGUGUGGACGGCCCUUGCGUACAAAUUCAACAAACAAGAGCUGUGCAAACAGCUUUCGAGCGAGAAACAAAACAUUUAGGGGUGGAAACCAAGGUAGGCACUUAUGACUGACCUUCUUGUACCUCGAAUGACAGCUUCUGUUGCCUUUUUUUAAAAAUACAAAAAUUAA